AUUCAACUGCCCGAGCUACGGCAGUCGCCGCUGUGUCCACAACAACAUGCGCAAGUAGUGCGGAACAGCUCAAGGACGCUUCAGCAAGUCUCUCCGCACCACUUACAGCCAUGUCGUACUACUUCACCAUCAUCGGCAACCGCGACAACCCUCUCUUCGAGCUGGACUUUGGCACAUCAAAGGUUGGCGGCGAUGGCAUUGCACGCUUUCGGGAAGAGGCCAAGCAUAUGAAUCAAUUCAUCGUGCAUGCAGCAAUCGACAUGGUGGAGGAAGCCCAGUGGAGCACGAAAGACUUAUAUCUCAAGAAAAUCGACUCUUUCCAGAACAACCACAUCCACUGCUUUUUGACUGGCGGCAAUAUCAAGUUCAUGCUUCUCAUGAAUCCUGAUCCCAGUGCUACACCCUACUCGAACUACCAAGCUCCUCCAUCACGGCCAAACACCGGCAGACAGAGCACGUUGAUAGCCAGCAAUCCAACUAGCCAACAGACUGAAGAAGCUGUCAGGCAGUUCAUGACCGAGGUCUACGAAGCAUGGAUGAAGUGCAUCAUGAAUCCGUUCUACAAUGUGAACCAACCCGUGACCAGCCCAGUUUUCAGGAGUAGGGUCGCGACUGCCGCGAAGAAGUACUUGUGAGGAUGUUCUCUACUUGCCACUUCCUCACUCAUUCUCAUCUGAGUUGGUCAUUGGACUACCGGCGACUCGUGCAAACUGGACGAUACCACAGCGCCAUCCACCCAGCUACUCCGCAGUACCGAAAGCGCAGCGAACUGGGAUACUCUUCCACCUACAAGCUCCUGCAACC